AUGGCUGCGACGCGUCGCCAGCAGCAGCCGUUGCAGAUUUUCCAGGAUCCCGUCACCUCGUUCGACCACCACGACGUCGCCGGCGCAGAAGCCGCCUUUCUGUCUGCCUUUGGCCCAGUCACCGACGUCUCGUCCGACCACCAUACCCUCCUCAACCCCUCCAGUCCCGAAACCAGCGCCCAGUCACCGGUCAAGCAUCACGCCCACUCGAGCUCACCGGCCCCGCACGCCCUGGCCGAGAGCAACAUCAAUUCGAUACAUUUUUCUCCGCCCCGCCAAACCCACUUCACGACCGACUCGCCAUUGAAGAAGCCCUCGCUGCCCUCCAAGGCCAACGGCGCCGCACCAAAGUCGCAGAACGCCCUAUUCACCACCUUCCCGACUGUCGGCGCCAUGGACAAGGAGAACGACUAUGCAGCAAUGUUCGCUAGCCAUCCGUCACAAUACUCGGACCACGCACUUUCUCAUACCAAAAACGUCCCGAGACGCCAAAUUGGGGACACGGCCCCUCUCCGCGACAGGCAUUCCAAAAAAGGAAAAGCGCCAGAAGAGGACCAGAAGCCUGUUCCUGCGCCAAGCGAGAUGCCCCCGGUCGAAGAUGAUGGUUCAAAGCCAGCCUACAGCUAUGCCACAUUAAUUGGCAUGGCUAUUCUCCGCGCACCUCAGAGGCGCCUUACCCUCGCACAAAUCUACAAGUGGAUCUCUGAUACUUUCAGCUACUACCGCACUAGCGAAACUGGGUGGCAGAAUAGUAUCCGCCACAACCUGAGUCUGAACAAAGCAUUCAUCAAACAGGAACGGCCAAAAGACGACCCCGGCAAGGGCAAUUACUGGGCAAUUGAGCCUGGUUUUGAACGCCAGUUCUUGAAAGAUAAGCCGAGGCGCCUAACGAACCAGGACGGCCCUGGUUUCUUGCAAUCUAUUCAUAGCGAUAUCCUUCGACCACCGACUGCGCCGACAAGGGCAGCGGCAAUGGGGUCCUUCCACCUUCAAUCUACUCCAAAGGGCAACAGCAUUGAUUCGAGCAAGUUUCCCGAAGAGCCAGAGCUGUCUUCGGACGCGACUAUCCCUGCUUCAGAUCCUGCUAUCCAUGAUGGUCAGGAUGCUGGCAAUGAGAAUGAUAUGCCGCCCGCCUCCCAUGCCAUGCGUUCUUCGCCCCCACCCGCUGAAAUUCACUCAUCACCUCCUGCUGCUAUGGCCCGGCAUGCUCAUCAUGAUCAAGACGGAACUCCACCAAGAGCGCCUCGCUUCUUACCGUCGAGUGGUGGCGGACGCAAGCGCAAGUUCUCUGCACUUGGGGACAGUGGGUACUAUUCUUCCAUCGAAUCCUCCGCCGUAAAGGGUAACCCUCUGGGUACCAUUCCGACCUCAGAAGCAGACCUCGACCGCCCUGCAAUCAAGCGGGGUCGCGCUGAAGAGGAAAUCGCUCGUAUGCGGGGUUCCUCGUAUGAUAGCCCGACGAAGGGCCGUCCUCUCUUCAAACAACCCACAUCCUUCCCAUCGUCAUCACCAUUUCCGCUUUUCGAGAAGAACGCUUCUGAGCUGCAAGCACCCCUUACUCCUGCUGUAAUUUUCAAGAAGCCAGCCAAACCCCCUGCGUCUAUUUCUCCUAACACGAACCUGCGCAACCAUCGCAAUCGCAUUCGCGAAUUGAUCGGCUCACCUGACAAGACUCUUGGCGUGCUCUCAGAGACCAAUCCAUGGAGUCCUGCAUUCCAUCUGCCGGACGAGGAACAUUUCAACCUGCUGGAAGACGGUUUUAAUACGCACUUUGACGUGUUCAACGACAGCCCAGUGCGCCAGACUCUUUCAGCGCGUGGCUCGCCCGAGAAACGCACCACCAAGCGCCCCACUAGCAGCCGUGCCAUCAGCAGCUCCAACAUUCUUGCCGACAUCACAGGCACUCGUGUCAACUCGGUCGCGACGCCCGAAGCAUCCAAGCAAUGGCUUAAGCCGCCUGCGAGCUCGCGGAACCUACGCGACUUCUUUGCCAACCCGUCAGUGCCGAGCCCGAUGAAGACUCCUACCGCCGAGAGGACUGGAGAUGAUUUCUUUGGUGUUGAGAUGCAGUCUGAUGACGAGGAGGAAGGCGGCCUUGAGAUUGACAUCCUCCAAGGGUUUCAGAAGAUUGGCACCACUAGGCAACAGCCGCAGGAGAGCCCAAGUAAGAGGGGCUCAACGAGCGGUAGGCCGUAUUUGGGAAGAGCGGCCAGCACGAUGUUUUAA